UCCAACAUGGCAGACGGAGUGGAUCUUACGCGGUAACUAAAGCAACAUUUUAACUGAAACAGAAAUUGAAGACUACUCUGCAACAGGACAUUCACAAUGAGGGAGAGACAGAAGAAGAAGAAGGGGAGGACGUGGGCGGAAGCAGCGAAAACGGUUCUGGAGAAGUACCCUAAUACACCUAUGAGCCAUAAAGAGAUCUUGCAAGUGAUCCAAAGAGAAAGACUUAAGGAAAUAAGCGGAACUUCACCGCUGGCAUGUCUGAAUGCAAUGCUGCACACGAACUCUCGUGGUGAGGAGGGAAUCUUCUACAAAGUUCCAGGCAGAAUGGGAGUCUACACAUUAAAGAAGGACAUCUCAGAUGUGGUGAAGGAGCUGUCGGAAGAGGGCUCUGAGGAGAGCAGUGACAAUCUUUCUGACUCUCGAAGCUCAGAAAACAACAGUAGUGCUAUCAGUCAAGAGGGCAGGAGAGGAAGGUGGAUGCGAAGAGUUCCCUCCAAGCUGCAGUCACAGCCGUCGUCUCCACAGCCUCGAUGCUCGUCGCCGUCUGUCCCCACCAGUAAGCUCAUCUCUCCCUCGCAGAAACACAGCAAGAAAGCUUUGAAACAGGCCCUGAAACAGCAGCAGCAGAGAAACCAGCGUAGACAGGGGGGAAUGCCAACCUCCUCCAGUCCAAGACUGCUUCUGAAAACCCUUAAAGACAUGGCAGAUAACAUUACAACAAAAACUGAUUUAUGCCACCCAGUCGUACCCAGAAAGGUUCCCCAAAGGUCCAGUCGCCUCAGUGCAGGGCAGAUAAAACGUGCCAAGUAUAAAAUAGACGUGGAGACGCCAGACUCUAUUUUGGUUAACACCAACCUGCGAGCAAUCAUCAACAAGCACACUUUCUCUGUCUUGCCUCCAGACUGCCAGCAAAGGCUGGUCAAACUUCUGCCAGAAGUAGACCGCCAGGCUUGCAUGGACGGCCUUCUGAAGGUCACUAGCUCUGCCUUAAACAAUGAGUUUUUCACAUCAGCAGCUCAGUCUUGGAAAGACAGGCUGGCUGAUGGGGAAUUCACUCCUGAAUUGCAGCUCCGAAUGCGCCAAGAAAUUGAGAAGGAAAAGAAAGUUGAGCACUGGAAGGAAGCCUUCUUUGAAAACUAUUAUGGGGAGAAUUCGGGGCUCAGCUAUGAGGAAUCCAAAGAGCUGACAAAGGCUGAUUUGAAUCAGGAGUCUGCCAGGCCUCAGUCCCCCUCUCAUCAGACAGGACCUGUCGCUCAAGCACUAGAGGAAUCUAAGUGCACCAAGGACAGCAGCCUGACUGAUGCUCCUGCAAAAGACGUAAAGCCAGCGCAGACAUCGUCACAGGAGCCUCUGAAAGCACUGCCUGCUCAAAAAGAGCCUGUCUUUACUGCAGAACCCAUGAAGACGCGACGCUCACAGUAUGCUGAGGAUCGGAAGAUGAAUACAACCGCAAAUACUGGACUGGCGGCUGCAGUGAGAGCACCAGAGCUUGAGAAACGUGGUGAAUGGAGUGCAGCAUCUACAAUGCCAGAAAAGGAGCGCAAGGAAGACACGAAGGAGGAGAAAACUGAAUGCUCCCAGUUGUCUGUGGACAGCAGCCCUCCACCAAAGGCUAGUUCAGAGUUGAAAGAAGUUCAGUCGGUGUCUAUGGUUAAGCCUGCUGCAGAGAGCGAAGAGGUCAUCUCUGAGCCCAGUGGCUCCUCAGAGCCGCUGAAAAGGAAGUCUCUCAGUGAGAUAGAGAGUGAAUUAACACCAGAGAAAAGACCCCGCAUGUCUUCAGUUUCUUCAGUGUCUUCAUUCUCAUCUGUGUCUCCCUCAGCAUCAUCCAUAUCCAGCCCUGCUACACCAACUUCAACAACAAAUCAGAGGGUUCCACCACUAAAGAUCCCAGUAUCACGAAUUCUUCCCUUGCCCGUGUCACCUAGCCAGAUCUCACCGAGGACUCCCCUCCCAAGCCCACUUAGUAGCCCAUGCCGUACUGGUGCUCGCACUUUGGCAGAUAUCAAAGCCAAAGCUCAACUGGCCCGAGCACAACGUGCAGCAGCAGCAGCAUCAUCUGCUUCAAAGGGGGCGGUGCCAGGCCCAGGGCCAGGUGGAGGCAGUAGUGAGCAGACACACCACUUAUCCAGCCCGACAUCCCUACAGGGAUCUGCUAGGUUAGCAGCCACACAGUUUAGUAUAUCUUCUCCUUGCCAAGUGGACUUUUUUGGUCCAUGUAGCCCAAACCAGUCUCAGAAGUACUUAAGCAAAACUGAAGAAAAACAUACAAGUCUUUCUGCUGGUACUGUCAGUACAGGAAUCCAUAGCGUCCAAAAGAGUUCAAGUGUAUCAGCACAACCAUCAUCGGUGCAUGCUUCAAAGGAACAGGAAAUCCCAUUAACUGCUGGAUCAACAACCAGAACCAGCUCCUGCAUCCCUGCAAACAACCCGCUGGUCACUCAGCUUCUGCAGGGCAAAGAAGUUCCACUGGAGCAGAUCCUCCCAAAACCGCUAUCCAAGGUGGAAGUAAAGAUGUCAAACUUCUCCUCUGGUAGUAUGGGAAAGGUGUCACAUUCUGCUGAGCACAGGGCUGAGAAGUUCAAUACAUCAGGCCGAGCUGGUGUUUUCUCAGAAAACACAAAACAUCACAGGGAACUUCCUGACAAGGAGACUCAGGAGCAGAUCCUACAGGCUCUAAUGCAGAGGAAAGUCCAACAAAGUCAGCCUUAUGGAGGGGGUGUAGGGCCUCAGUCACCUCAGUACAAAGUUCAGCAACUGAUGCACGCAGAAGAGCGACAGGAUCGAUCCAGGAUUUCUGUUGGUUUUUUGGGUCGAAGGAGGAUGCCAAGGCCUGCCAUGACAGGACAUUACCUGCUCAAUGUCUCCACGUAUGGCAGAGGAUCAGAGAGCAGGAGACUUCACCUGUCUGCCAUUCCAAACACGUCUGUAACCAGCACAAAAAGGGAAACCACAGAAGCAGAGGAUGCAGCCAAGGAGGACCAACCAGCCAGGAAAGUUUUUCUGUUUCCUUCUGGGGUCAAAACAGAGCAGCAAAGAUGCUCAGUAGGCAAGCCUAAUGAACCAGCGGGCUUUCAUCAUCACUAUAACAUAAAGACUGAGCCUGGAUCAGAGUAUAUUGAAGCUGGUGGUGAUAACAACAACACCAGCGCAACCACCAAAGACACCAGCCCUUUUUCUCAGUCACACCGAAGGCACCUCGAACUCUGCAAUAGUAAUCAAGGAAACUCCGAGCCAUAUCUUACCCACGUGGAUCCCAGUCACCAGCGGCCGACUGCCUUUCAAUCCCAGAGAACACUCGAUAAUCAGGAACACCCGGUAGCGUCAUGCUACGGUGGCACUAUCAGCAUGUCCGUACCUCACACUUUGAACCGCAGCAUUGCAGGCACCGGCUCUUCCACAUCCUCAUCAGAAGCUGAUGGUGGUGGCAUCCACGGGAGCGUUAUGUCCUUCUCAGUGACUGUCACCACCAUACCUGCUGGUCACUCAUUAGACCACGGCAACCAGGGCGAGCCCUCACCUGAACAGUCAUUCAUUGAGGGCUCCAACAUGGAGGAGGUCCAGUCUAAAUGCUACUGCCGACUGAAGGCAAUGAUCAUGUGCAAGGGGUGUGGAGCUUUUUGCCAUGAUGACUGCAUAGGCCCCUCAAAACUAUGUGUCUCGUGUUUAGUGGUACGAUGAUAUUAAAUUAACAGUAACAAAAGAAUGGUUAGAGUUGUGUUGUCACACCACAAAGCAGAACCAAGUGUUUUAGAAUCAGUGCAUAAUAGGGUGAAACGUGUUAAGUCACGCUCUGGAGAAAACGGCUCUAGCAUCGGUUCGUUGUGGGAAAGGCAAGGAUUUACACUGGAUGGUCUUGUUUUUCCACUAACAUCUAAGAAAAGUUGUUUUGUGCAAUUGUGUCAUAGAAAUGCCAAUCCAUUUUCAAUCAAAUGUUGUCAGAUAUGAGAAAUGAAAACUGGCAGUGUUUGCACUUGGCUAGAUUAGUGUGAUAUAUUUUUUUAAAUAUAUAUAUGCGUCUAGUUUUUUCUUUUCUUUUUGUUUUUUUUUUGAGGAGGGAAAAUGAAUGUUGCUAUUUUUUUAGAACAUAAUGACUGUUGUGCUUUAGACUGACACUUUUUAUUAUUGGUCCUAAUCAGUUAUGGUUUAACGGCAAAAAAAAGAAAAAAAAGAAAAAGGGCGCUAAUGAUAAUCAUUUGAUGUAGAGUACCUCCUAUUUGGCAUUUAUGCACGUGUGGCAGGGAAGUGCAACUUACAGUAACUAUUUUAUAUGAAACUGUACUUUUAUUACUGAACACACUCAGAUUUAAGAACUAGAAAUGAACAUGUAUAGUUUUAGUAAGAAGAUAUAGAGUGAUUUUUGAAUUAUACUUUAUAUAAAUCAACCUGACUUGUUUCCAAGGCAAAGCACUUGAAAACCACCUGGAUAUAAAGUAAUAACGGUGUACAGCACUUAAAGUCAAACCUAAAGAAAAGAGAAUCAUAUAUAAUUCCUCUAUAAUCCUUGUUGGUAAAUUAAGAUCUUUGCACUUCCAGUGAAGGUCUGAAGUCACUUCCUACUGCGUGAAUCAGCAUUUCCUCCCCAAAAAUCAGGUUUGUGGAUAUGAUCUCCCUUGGUGUGGGAUUUCUAAUGCUUGUGCAUCUGUAUAGAUAAAUCAGCAGUGGCAAACUUAAUUUAAACACUCAAGGCGGGGGGAGAAAAUGCUGACAAUUUUGUUAUUUUGCUGUAUAUACUUGCUCAUGUAUGGUAUUUGCCUAGAUGUAGAAAUAUUGUUAUUUUAUUCGUGCUGCACACCUUGCUUGAGCAUAACUGGCUCUUUAUUUCAAAAUGUUUUUCUUUUUUUGUUUUUUUGUUUUUUUUACUGUGGAAUGAAAAUAGAGAAGAACAGUUAAAUAUGCUAAAAACAGGUACAAUAUGUCACCAAUACAUCAAUAAGUGAGUGUAACACUUCACUUUAACGUGGCCUUUUUCCAGGAAAUUAAGAGAGUGAUCCUCUGUAAUACUGUGGUUGGAAGUAUUGUAAAAAUGAUAUUUGUCACAUAUGUAUUUAAUCAAGAGUAAUUUGUCUUUGUGAUGCACAACACAUUUGUGGUGUCAGCACUUGUUAUAACCUUUGCAGGCCCGUUAUGAUGAUUUUAACAUUAGUGCUUAGUGCGUACUGACUUGUAAAAAGGCCACUGUGUUUGAAGUGUUAUCUCCAAAAGUUUUGUGUUUUUGCUGGUUACAAAUAUUGACACAUCUACUAUAUUUUAGAAUCUCCUGGAGGUACAAAACAUGACCUCUUUUAUAGCAAUUAUUUCCAAGGUAGUAUGCCAAAGUCACCUUAAAGAAAACAAAAAAUAAUCAGAAGUUGUUUUUAAAUGUCUGACUAGUUAAUCAAAGUAAUAUAUUUUAAUUAAUAUAUUUUAAUAUAAAAGAUCUAUUUGCUAAUUGUUUUUGACAAAUCAACAGGGUAUUUACUAUAUUAAUAUAUUGGCUGUCCCGUUCUUUCCUAUAGUGGUUUUUUUUUUUUUUUUGUUCUAGGCUGGACAGACAACCGUGCAGAAUAAUCACUUUUGAAAUAGUCCAGGUAUCUGAUAUUCUGUAUGGUCCAGGUUUUUUAGUGAAUCCAUUGGUCUAUAUUUUUCAAUGAAGAUGUUGUCUAAAGUGUAGCUUUUACUUGUCUAUUUGCGUCAUCACUUUAUGAAAAGAUAAUGUUUUAAUGCACCAUUUAAAAGUCAUUCAAUUAAUAUAGUUUUAUUUUUUAUUUGGUGGGUGUGUCUUGUGGAAAGUUGUUUUUGAGGGCUAGAAUCUAGCAGGAUUUUCACAAGGCAUAGAAAUUUCACUUAUUAAUGACAUAAUGAUGUUUGAAUUAGUGAUACACAUGUCUUUUUUUAUUCUCAUUUUUGAACCCCAUUAAACAUUUACAUCAUAAUUGGUUGAAAGUGAUGUUAAAGUCCUGCUGGACUGGAUUGCACUGCAAAAAAAUAUUAACAACAAUCAUUCUCAAUCCUAAAGGCAGCUGAAAUUUUGGUUAAUGAUGACUGAAACAUGAGUCCAACAGCAGUCCCAAUCAAUACUAAGGCUAACUGUGUGUGUGUGUGUGUGUGUGCGCGCAUUUGGACGUGUAGAGCACAUCAUAUAGAAAAUGGCUGGAAGAAGCGGGGGGGUGGGGGGUGGUGUGUCUCCACUUUUUUUCCCCUUCUUCUUCUUCUUUUAAUGUCAUGUUUGACACUAGGUGAAUUUCUUUAAUGUCAGUGUCAUUUUGUCUCCAUUUAAAACUCCAGGUGAAUGUAAUAUAGUAAUCAGAACUUGUAAACAAAGUGUAUUUUAUCAAAGUAAUAGAAUAUUAUGAAUAAAUAAUA